AGUCUGAAAUUCUGCAGGGUUCGGUCUAGAAAAGUUUCAUCUUUUAUGGCUCUUUAAUCGCCUCGAACACUCACACCUGUAUAGGUGAGCCACCUCCUAUCCUAUCCUAGUAGAGGGCUGUGGUCGUUGUUCUUAUUCCACAUAUAAUAAAUUUAUCAAGUAGGAGUCUCCUUGUUGGCUACUUCUACACCGAAGAUUGUCUUCAGCUUUUUAUUUCUAGUUGGUUUAUUGUCAUGGAGGUCAUUAAACAACCUACAAGAACAAUCUAGUCCCUUCAUGGUGAUCAUCAUUUUUUAGAGUUUCUUCGGCAAAGCAUAAACAAGGAAAAUAAUGGGACCAGUGGCCUCUUCUUCCUCUACUUCUGAGUUUCCAGCGGCUCCUGCUGGCAACAAUAAGGGAAGAGGGGAAUGCUGUGGCUCGUACGGCGCUACGGAUUCGACGGAGGCGUUAAAGAUGUCCAGUCAACAGUUGGUAACCACGACAGGAGCAACAGCGACAACAUUGUGCAGAAGUGAAGAAGAUGUGCGAGCGAGUGCCGCCUUGGCCGCGGCAAAUGGUGAUCGCCAAGAUGGACGAUACCGUCACUCGUCAACAGGGUGGAAGAGUCUCCUCUGCUGUAAUGCCGUCCGCUACUGCACGACCGAAGAAGAACAAGAAGAUGUCGCGACAGAAAACGGCGGCGCCAUGAUCGCGAUAGAUAUGCGAAAUAAGCUCAGCGGGGAAGUGUUAACAGUAGAGAUUCCGAGUGAGAAAAUGGAGAGGGUCAGAGUUGUUCAUUCAACGUCGAUCAAACAGCAGAAUAAACAGUGUCAAAAUCAAACUUCGCAACAUCAUUCCGAAGUCAUGUUGUCGAUAUCGAUGAAGGAGCUUAAGCGUGCGAUUGCGCAACAGCAUAGCGAGGAGCGUAGAUCGUUUCGCUAUGUCGCUCUCUAUAAUGACCCGGACGAUGAUGAUACCAAAACCAACAUGGAAAGCACGACCCGCCUGCUCAGCAGUUUCGGGAACAACUCUACUACUUCAGAAGAUGUCAAGAUGAACUCCUUUUUUUCCAGAGAAGAACUCGAUGAUCAAGCACCACAUGGACAUGGUACUAACUAUAAUGCUGACGAAGAGAUCGACGAGGAGAUAGACACACCAGUACGUUUUCUAUUCCGAAAGAUUACGUGCUUCGACGACGAACAAGAGCAAAACACAGACUCCGACAAGAUGAGCAACACGUCUACUACUGGCAGAACUGGCGCACUCGUUUCUGCGACUACGGGAGCUGACCAAGGAGCUCAAGGUAGUGCUGAACAGAUCGAGCACAUUCUUUUUGGGAAUACCAACUCCUCGCCUAGUCCACUUUCACUUGCGUUUCUUAUUCGAGGUUAUCCUAGUCGCGAAAAAUUGGAGUUGGAACUGAGCCAAGACCCUGCCUGGGUCUCUAUUAAAAGAGGCAAUGAGGAAGAGGAAUCAAGAAAUCAACAGCAUCCUUUCGUAAAGUUUCUGUUGGCGCUAGACAUGCGAAGGUACGGACUUCAUCCAGAUGAGGAAAGAAAAGAACUGGUUGCUUUCAUUUCUGAUUUGCACAUUGAAUUCUGGGCCCCACCGGAAAAGGUGCAGCUGGAGGAGGUCCAUGAUGAUUAUGAUAGCUACUAUCCUAGUCCUUUGUCCGACGAAAACGAGAAAAGGGACUGUUUGGAGCUCGCGGAAGACGUUGCUUCAGUGCUCAGCGGAAGCGAGGUCGGGCGAGUCUUGUCGUUGUACAAGACAACGUCAAGAGUUAUGAAGACCACGACUUUGCAGCCUCUAUCUUUCAACUUGCCUUAGCAUCUGCAAGCAUCACAAAAGGAAAUAAAAGUAGUAAAUCAUGAUGAAGCCCAAGCCUUGCGCUUGUGCUUUAGAUGAUUUUUUUCAUAUUUUUUUGUUUCCUAGAUAGGCGUACUCCACCGAUUUUAUAAUAAUUUGCCAUUCGUUUUCGUUCCUCUAUAAAAAUUCUUGCACUCUCCUGCCUUACUGGCUUUUUAAAUUUGUUCUCUUUCUUCAUAAUUUUGGGUUGGUCGCCGAAAGACGGGCUCUCGGACUAUCGAAGAGACGGACGGCAAAGUGGUAUCUCGCCUCACCUGUGGUCCGAGACUGUCUGGCGCGAGCUUCUAUUAAGGCUCAACUUUCAGUGGUCAUUGGGGUUGGUCACUGAGAUCGAAGAGACGACCCCUUGAGGAAAGAUGGGGGGAAAACGAAGGGAAAGGGGAGAGCCUUGGAGGAAUCUCUUCCGUUCAGAGUCAGUGACCAAUGAAUGUUGAGCUUUAAUUCUAUGUUGUGAUAAGGUUGGUUUUUCCUGGCUUAAUAACGAAAACGGGGAGCGAGAACCACCCGUAGCUGCCGUGGAGGAGCCGAUUUUCUACACAUUUGUCUAUGCGCCUACGUGCAUUUGCAUGGAGCUGCUGGGCGUGCUGCAGGACGAAAUGCACCACGAUGGUUAUGGACGAGGGCGGAAUCUUCCUGCCAUCAGCAGAGAAAAAGAAGGGGAUCAUGAAGGGGGAACAAAAAUAAGUACACUGCCAGCCGCUGGUGCAGCAUCUUCAUCUUCUUCACCAGUCGUGCGUGGUAGGAAUCACCCGACAAAAUCACGCCUUCGUGCACUUCCAGAGACUCUCGUCAGUCAUGGCCUUAUUCUCUACGCACUGGCAUUUCGAAGCCGUAAGUUUGUGGAAGCAGAUGGAUUCGACUCUACGGCUGCUUUGUUUCGUGCGUUGUUUCGCCAUCCAAAGUGGACUAGCGCAGCCCUUGUCUCAACGGUCACCCGCCUGGACCGCAGAGAUCGGACCACCAGGAAGAAAACUCCAGUAAUAUGGGCUAUGAUACGCAGCACGUCGAUUACCGCGGAGGUAGUGCUCGAAGCUCUGAGAGAGGAACACGGGCCCUUGCCCACGCGAUCUCUGAAGAGGAUCUGCAGAACUGAAGACGAAAAUGGUGACUUCGGUCGAGAAGUAGAGUUACGGUCAGCUUUUCUCCAUCUUUCUGCUCGGCCGCAUCUCGGUGCCCGUUUCCCUUGUAUUUAUUCAUGGGAAAGGGGUGGAGAUGAGGAGGGGACCGAGACGGAUUCAAGCUGACUCUAAUAGAGUAUGACUGUCUCUCCGCGGCGAUCGACGCGCUCAGAAACUUGUACACAAAAGAAAUAUGCAUGAGCAUCAUGAGGAAAGAUAAUAUGUCGAGACAGAGAGAGAAAGAGGUCCGAAAAGGUUUGGUCGCAAUAUGUUUGGAAAUUUUAAAAAGGGAGGACUUCACCCUUUACGACGCGGCGAUGACUGAAGAGGAAGCAUUGCGGGCAGUUGGGCGUACACCUCCGCAAGCAGUAUCAUAUUUAUGGGUUUAGGGAAUUCAUCUCCAAACAAGUCUUCACCUGGAAGAGAAAGACAAGAGGAAAAAGGGGCCCAGAAGAUGAUCCCUGAGAUGAAUUCCCAAUACCUCUAACACAUAUUCAAUUGGCCUCUGAUGUUGAUAUUGAGGAAGAUUACAUCGCAGAUUACAAAACGAUCCUCUCAGCGCUUUUUCAACAGAUAAGAUUACGGGCGAAGGUGAAGAACUUCACUGUUGUAGGUUCUGCUGGUUUUUUUUGGGUCUGCUGGGUCUUUUGAUAGAUUGUAAAAAGAUGUCCAUAAAGCUGCAAUUGUAGCUCUCCUCUGGAGGUACUAUGAAAUAUUACUCUUACUGUGUGGCCUCAAAAGUAAGUAGACAAUAAUAGCCACAAUAAAAGAGGCACCAUGACAUGACAUGACAGCUGCAGCAUGAUUGGUUUUGAGUACUUCUUCAGUCUGUGAUGUCAAUGUCAUUAGUUUUAGAAGUCGUGGUCUAAUGAAACAUCAACCGAGAGCGCUGAGUGAGCUGGAAGCUUUUUUCGAACAAUGGGACGUCGACAUUGCAAGACACAAGCGGAUAUUUGACCCUCGGUUCGGAGACCAGGUUUCAGGUUUCAGAAUGGAGGAAGGUUCCUUCGAUGGCUACUUCGCGUUUCAAUCUUUGCCUGGUGGAUCUGCAAUUGAGCGGCUUGAGCACGUCCUGCGUGAAGAAGCGACACGAGACGUAAGCGGAGGAACAACUAGUGAUAGAAAUAUGAAGAUUGUAGAUUUCUCUACUAAUUUUGCGGCCUCCCCGCUCGUCUAUCUUGACCGUGUGUGGCCGUGA